CGCAUCCAAUGUUUUUCUGCAUUUUUCUACAGAUAAUACAGCCAGCCGGCUUGGGCUUAUCGCUCUCAUGUGCAACAGCCAUGGACACCCCAGAACAACUGCGCUUGCGUAGUUCACCGCUGAGCGACCAGCCAUACUGUCCGGUGCCGGAAUUUCAAGUGGACACGCCUGUUCCAGUUUCUUCGUGGACUACGACGGCAUCCUCGACCCAGACAUCAUGCAUCCAGCCGCCUUUAAAUCAAGGCCCGCCACCUGACUUCACCAGUGGGCAUGGAAGAGCGGCUACAGGGCAGACGCAUCCAAUGUUUUUCUGCAUUUUUCUACAGAUAAUACAGCCAGCCGGCUUGGGCUUAUCGCUCUCAUGUGCAACAGCCAUGGACACCCCAGAACAACUGCGCUUGCGUAGUUCACCGCUGAGCGACCAGCCAUACUGUCCGGUGCCGGAAUUUCAAGUGGACACGCCUGUUCCAGUUUCUUCGUGGACUACGACGGCAUCCUCGACCCAGACAUCAUGCAUCCAGCCGCCUUUAAAUCAAGGCCCGCCACCUGACUUCACCAGUGGGCAUGGAAGAGCGGCUACAGGGCAGACGCAUCCAAUGUUUUUCUGCAUUUUUCUACAGAUAAUACAGCCAGCCGGCUUGGGCUUAUCGCUCUCAUGUGCAACAGCCAUGGACACCCCAGAACAACUGCGCUUGCGUAGUUCACCGCUGAGCGACCAGCCAUACUGUCCGGUGCCGGAAUUUCAAGUGGACACGCCUGUUCCAGUUUCUUCGUGGACUACGACGGCAUCCUCGACCCAGACAUCAUGCAUCCAGCCGCCUUUAAAUCAAGGCCCGCCGCCUGACUUCACCAGUGGGCAUGGAAGAGCGGCUACAGGGCAGACGCAUCCAAUGUUUUUCUGCAUUUUUCUACAGGUUAGCCCUUGUCAAUCUUUGCACUGUAAGCGUUCUAGUAACGUCAACUUGCUGCUCCUUCCAUGCCCCAGUGUUCUCAUGAGCUGCAUUUGUGAAUGUGUGCAUGUUAUGAAGCUAUUGUUGCUAGGAGGCGACGUGGAACUUAACCCUGGGCCUCCGAAAGAAGACCCUUGCCAUACUAACAAAGAACUGAUGGCGUUUUUCAAAAACUUAAGCACUAAAAUGGACAAAAACCAUGCGGAAGUACUUUGCCAGAUUACUGAAGUAAAACAAAUGCAACUAAAUCUCGAGCAGCAAGUGAACAGCAUAAAUGAAAGACUUACAACUGUCGAGCAAAAACUGGCUGUUACACAAAAGUCGAGCGAACUUCAGACAGUAAACGCAGAAGCAGCCCGUUCAGAAGCAAGCAGUCUCGCCAAACGUCUAGACGAGUUUGAAGACCGUUCGAGGCGCGAUAAUUUGAUUUUUUAUGGCUUCAAGGACAGUCAAUCUGAAUCUUGGUCCGAAUCCGAAAAAAGAGUGCGCGAACUUUUGUCUUCCACGCUUGACUUGCAACUAUCUGAGGACGCGAUUCAACGGGCACACAGACUAGGGAAAUUUUUUCCUGAAAAAUGCCGCCCAGUUAUUGCGAAGUUCUCAAGCUUUAAGUUAAAGGAGUCUGUUUUGUCCGCUCGGUCAAAGCUCAGGAAUUCCGGUAUUCAAAUAUCCGAGGAUUACUGUGUUGCCACGCGCACUGCACGUAAGAAAUUACAUGAAUAUGGAAAGGUCAACGGCGCUGAGUGUAAGUUCCACAGAUAUAUUGAGCACCACUCAGUGUACCCGUACACCGAGUACCACAGGCCGCUCUGA